GUUUUUGUUCAGACUAAUAAAAAUCAGAACAGCAAAAGUCUAUCUCCGUCCUCAUCGUUCCCAUUCUCACUCACGCUCUCUACUUCCCACUCCGCUUGGAUUAUCUACCAAAUUUCUCUCGCAGGCAUGGCAUCUUCUGAUAACCCAGAGAUAGUUGAGAGGGCCAUCAAGGAGAAAGAGGAAAAAGAAGACAAAAAAGAUGAACAAAAGGGCGGAUUUCUUGAGAAAGUGAAGGAUUUCAUUCAGGAUAUUGGAGAGAAGAUUGAAGAAACCAUUGGAUUUGGGAAACCCACUGCAGAUGUCACAGGAAUUCACAUCCCUUCCAUCAAUCUUGAAAAAGCAGAUAUUGUUGUUGACGUGCUUGUUAAAAACCCAAAUCCCAUUCCAAUCCCUCUUGUUGAUAUCAAUUACUUGGUUGAGAGUGAAGGGAGGAAAUUAGUAUCUGGGCUGAUCCCAGAUGCUGGAACUCUCCAUGCACAUGGUUCCGAGACUGUCAAGAUACCACUUACUUUGAUAUAUGAUGACAUUAAAAGCACCUAUGACGAUAUCAAGCCGGGCAGUAUUAUUCCUUAUAGGAUCAAGGUUGAUCUCAUAGUGGAUGUGCCUGUUCUUGGCAGGCUAACUUUGCCACUUGAGAAGACUGGAGAGAUUCCCAUACCAUAUAAGCCUGAUGUUGAUCUUGAGAAAAUUCGUUUUCAGAGAUUUUCUUUUGAAGAAACUGUUGCUCUACUGCAUCUGAAGAUUGAGAACAAAAAUGAUUUUGAGUUGGGGCUCAAUACACUUGACUAUGAGGUUUGGCUGUCUGAUGUGAGCAUUGGGGCUGCAGAACUCCAAAAAUCAGCUAAAAUUGAUAAAAAUGGGAUGAGCUAUGUUGAUAUUCCCAUUACCUUCAGGCCAAAGGACUUUGGAUCUGCUGUUUGGGACAUGAUUAGAGGAAAAGGCACUGGCUACACCAUCAAAGGACACAUAAAUGUGGAUACGCCUUUUGGAGCUAUGAAGUUACCCAUCAGCAAAGAGGGUGGUACCACUCGCUUCAAGAAGAACAAGGAAGAUGGAGGCGACGAUGACGAUGAUGAGGAGUGAAGACAAUCUUGGUAGGGGAAUAUGGAAGCCAGAGCUGAAUAUGUGCUGUUGGUGAGGUAGUACUGCCUUAAUAAAUUAAUUUAACUCGAGCUCUGUUGUGUACCUCAAAUAAUGCAGAUUCUGUAAUCUUGGAGGUGUGUUUUGAAUCAUUUUGUGGCUGUGGGUGACUUUGGUUGUCUGUACAAGUUCUCACUCGUUCCAUGCGCAGGUAAUAUCUGAGUGUAGUGUCCUGGUUGACUGGAUAUAUUUUCUUGAUAGAGUACAUAGUGAGGCUAUGCAGCAUCAGUAUAUUAUGCUUGUUCUGUAUAUUACCAGAACAAUUUUAUACUU